AUGGCCAUCGACACCUCAGCAAAGGCGCUCGUCUCAUCCAUCUCUAUGCACCUGCUGAAGCACGGAGCGAAGAUGUCAGCUGCACAGGUCAGCCAACUGAUCCAGAGCUGGCAGAAGAAUCCAAUCAUGCUCGAGGUCGCCAAGUCGAGGACCCAAAUGCUUGCCCCCGCAGCUCCCGCACACAAGUCAGAACUAGAGGGAGAGUCGAGCUUGUGCACGAAGCAGGACGUCAUCAUCCAGAAGCUGGAUCAGCUCCUGAAGAAGUUGGGUGGAGAAGAGCUCUCGCUCAAUAUCACUCUCGGGAAAGUUCAGGAGGAAUGGAAGGACGCGCUCGACUCGUGGCUUUCCGCUGAGGCCAACUACCGCCUGCGUGUGGAGCAGAAAAAAGAGGCAGAUGAAGGUAUGAAGUACGCUCAGGACCAGUACGAGAAGUACAGGACUGCUGACAAGGAAGCCGUGGCACACUAUCAGCACAUGGCGGAGAAGCAUGCACAGGAGCGCCAGGGGCUCGACGACGAGGAGGCGUUGAUCAGAGAGAUCAUGCGGAUGAUCGGUGUCCUCCAUGAUGUCAAUGCCACAGAUCGCAGCAUUGCGGCGGGUGGACGCGACAGCAUCAAGGACUCUGAGACUGGAGUGUCUGACCCGUACGGCAAGUACCUGUCCAAGACCAAGGCCCAGCUGAUGGCAAAGAUCAAUCAGCUCAAGCAGCUCGCUAAGCAGACUGGGCUGAGCUCGACGAGCCUGGCCAGGAUCACCACUCUACCUGUGUACAGCGAGACCGAGGAAGUGGCAAAGAUCUUGAGAGAGAUGCUGGAGGACAUUGCUAGUCGCCGCAAGGUUCUUGACGAAUCAGAAGCACAAGCUCUGAAGCUCAAGGAAGACACCCACGCCAAGCUGAUCGAGUGGGAGAUGAAACUGACCGACCUUGGCAAGCAGAAGGACAAGGCAAAAGAAUCCUACGAGGCCGAGCAACUCAAGCGUGAGAAGCUGAGCGGAAACGAGAAGAUCCUUGAGAUCAAGCAGAAGGACGCGACCGAAGACGCGAAGAAGCUUAUCCCUCCUUACGAACGAGAGAUUUACGUCAUCACUAUGAUCAAGAUGAAGAUCGUGGAUCACUGCAAGAACCAGCCCACCGACAAUGCAAGUGGAAAUUAA